AUGGCCUCCUCCUACUUCCCCUCCUGGCUACAUGCCCCCUCUCUCAACUCCUUCUCAACUCUCUGGAACACCCCUACAACACUAGGUCACGCUCUUGUCGCUUCCCUAAGCCUAUCAGGCAUCUUCUUCCUAGCACAAGACCUCAAUUCCUACCUCAGCCUCCCACUGGAAAUAAGAGGCACCCUCUCCCGCCAACCGCAUAUCUACUUCCUCUCACUCCUCGUACGCAUCUACCGUUCCAUCCUAAACAUGGACGGUACCUCCCCUCUCCCUCUGUGCCGCUGGGCCGCAAGGGCAGCAGUGAAGGACCCGUUAUUUGGGCGGACGUUCUUGGCCGAUCUGGGGGAGAGGAGGAAGCCCAGACCGGGGAUGGUAUGUCGCGGAGUGCCGCACAGGCAAGUACCGCAGGUGUUGGAUACCGACCUGGAAGAGAACCUCAAAUUCUCCUUCCGCAAAUUCGCGACCGCACACGACCUCACCUGCUGCCCAUCCCUCAUAGAGCCCAACGCGCUCGCCCUCUUCCUCCCCCCCACCCCUCCCUCCUCCUCCUCGUCCGGGCGAAUCCACCCCGAGUCCCUCAUCCCCAGAACGCGGAAAGCCUCUAGUUGGGAAUUCGUACACCUACACGGUGGAGAGGGCAGCUUACACUUGAUCCUUUCUCCGCUCGACGCUGCUCUCGCUAUUGAGAAAGGCUGGGCUUGCCGGUUCCCGCUCGCGGGGGGACCGGGGGAGUGGGGCAGCGCUAGGGGGAGAGUGCUCCUUUAUGCGCCGAGGGACGAGGGGGAGGUAAGGGUUGUCAUGGGGAGCGUUCGUUGGUCAGACUCGGUCAACCGGAGCGUGAACGGGAAUGGGAAUGGAAAUGCGAACGGAGUGGACGUCCUCAGCCCCCAGCCUCAGCCGGUUAGCGCACCGGCAUUUACGACGGGGUUUAACUCUGGAACAAAGAUGGACGCCGAGGGUCCGGGGAGCAGUUCUCCCAGUCCGGGGGAGAAUGCGAACACCGCCAGCACGAUCAGUACGAGCACUGCGCCGCCUUCUGGGGCACGGGUGAGGUUCGACACAUCUCAGGCUGUUACACGUUGA